UUGUCCACUGAGUCAACGGACUACUUUCACUGAGUAUCAGGAGGAUUGUGUCGGGAAUUAAAAUCGUGAAAGCCUACUAAAUCUUAUCAGAAAUGGUGGCAUCCAGCUUUUGAACUUGUUGACGAUGUUGUCCGACUAUCCCAGCUGUAGUAUACAUAGUUUUCAAAGGAUGCCUGCAACACGUAGCCCUUCAUCCAUCCCGACAGGUGUCUCAGGAGAUGCCUUGGACCUCAGCUUGUCAGGCUCCCAGCUUUCCAUGUCCAAAAGACCAAGCAGUACAUCACCUGGGAAAUACUUCUCUCGGUCUGUGUCGGUUUCGGUGGCUAGUGACAGCAGAGGGAAACGCAACACUCUGAGUGAUGUCGGCUUUGGUAGCUCCCGCUCUAUCAAGAACCUUAGGCGGUCCAACAGCACCACCCAGGUUAAUCAGCAGGCCAACAUCAGUUUAAGUCAGGACCAGGGUGAGGACUACCUGGCUCUGUUCGACAGCAGCUCAGAUGGACGUAAGAAACUGGCCAGUCUCAGCAAAGCCUCACCAGACAGAACCACAUGGAACAUCCUGGAUGAUCAGCCCAGAACUUUCCCCCUGCACUCCAGCUCCCGCAGCACUGGCAGCGUGGACUCUCCCACUGGCCCCAAGAGAAGAGAGCAUGGUAUCGCUCUGGCUGCCACCUUUACUGCCAACAACAGGAGCAACAAGGGAGCUGUGGGGAACUCUGUCACCACCAUCUUACACAACAACUACUCUGAGAUACCACUCACGCCUAAGAGCUCCAACCAGAGGCCGUCGUUUAACAACAUCCUGAAGGCCACAGCAAACGAUGAGGUGUCACAAGACAACAGCUCCCUGACAAAGUCCCAGAAGAAUUUCUCUUCAGCUUCCUCCACCUCAAACAACAAAUCUCCAGUGUCGGCCCACGGCGGCAGCCCUGUCACGUCUCGAAGGAGGGAGGUCACUGAGGAGGAGGCCGAGAGGUUUAUUCAGCAGGUGAACCAGGCAGCAGUCACCAUCCAGCGCUGGUACAGAAGCCAUACCAAGAGACGACACACUAACCAGGCAGUUCUCAAACGCAUCCUUGCCAGUAAAAGAAAGGAGUGGGAGGAGAGGACAGAGGAGGACGGUUCCCUGGAGCAGCAGCAGAAAAAGGACGAAGCCAGGAAACGGAUUCGUGAGGAGAAAGCUCGUCUGGCUCGUCUGGCUGCCAUUCAGGAGCUGCAGCAGAAAAGAGCCCAGCGGGUUGCAGAGGUGCAGCAUGCAGCUGAGGUGGAGCUGGUCAGCCUGAGGCAGACUGGUGUGGUUGGACGCAAGAAGCCGCCCAAGUUUUCUUCCACCAACAAAAGUCCAGCCUCACCGAGCAACAACAGCAUGAUGUUGCCCUCAGACGUCAAAGCUAAGAACACAGACUCCAAUUUGAAUGUUGCGGCUGAUUUAGGUGAGCUGAGCUUCAGGGCCAUUUCUCCAGCUGUGUCCAAUCACAGAGGCUCUGAAUGUUCCCAGGAUCAGGAGGACAGAGCAGAGGUAGACAUUUGCCUGGAGCAGCAUCAGCAGAACGACAGGAAAUUAAUUCGUAAAGAGAAAGCUCGCACGUCCCGCCUCCCUGCCACCCAGGUGAACAAAUCUGAGGAGCUGCAGCAGAAAAGAGCCCAUUGGGUUGCAGAGGCUCAGCACGUAGCUGAGGUGGAGCUGGAAAGCUUGAGGCAAACGGGUGGAGUUGCACGCAAGAAACCACCCAAGAUUUAUCUGACCAACAAAAGUCCAGCCUCUCUGAGCAACAACAGCCCGAUGUCGCCCAUAGAUGUGAAAGCUAAAAACACAGACUCCAAUUUGAAUGUAGUGGCUGAGUUCGGUGAGCUCUCCAGCUUCAGAGCUGUUUCCCCGUCUUUGUCCAAUUGCAGAGGCUCCCAGUGUUCCCAGGAGAUCCUGCAGAGGUCGGUGAGUGUGGAGGAUCAGCGGCAGGGAGCUGUGGCCAGCAGGGCUCAGUCUAAAACCACCCUGAACGAGCUGCUGGACACCCUGAAGCUGUUAGAGGAGGAGCCACAGAGGCUGUCGGAGCCAAAGUGCUACAGCAAAGAGAAAUAUGCCUGGAUAGAUGAGGACAGAGACUCCAACUCUCUGACUACUGACAACCUGGAGCGUCACGGCCAGCUGAGUCACCACCCUGCACUGCCAGAUGGGGGCGCCCUGCUCUCUGAGGCCAAGCUGCAGAGCAUCAUGAGCUUCCUGGAUGAGAUGGAGAAGUCUGAGCAGGAGAGACCUCGCUCGGUGACUUCAGGGUCACACAGAGAGGCUGUGUUGUCUGAGGAGGAGCUGGUUGGUGUCGAGCAGGCCUCUGCCACCGCCGCAGAAGUUACCGGCUCCAUGAUGAGAAUCAAGCUGGAGCUGGAGGAGAAGAAACGCACAGUCAUCCUGCUGCAGACCGCCCUGGCCCAGCAGAGGGAGCUCACGGUGAGACAUGUGAAGGAGACCGAGAAGGAGCUGAACAGAAACUUCCAGCUCCAGAAGGAACAAUAUGAAGCCACCAUCCAGAGACACCUGGCAUUCAUUGAUCAGCUGAUCAAUGAUAAAAAGACUUUGAGUGAGCGCUGUGAAGGAGUGGUGGGAGAACUGAAGCAGGUGGACCAAAAGUACACCAAGAAGAUUACACAAAUGCAAGAGCAACAUGAAAUGGUGUGGCAAAUUCUGGGUCCCUUGUGCGAGGAAAUCAAGAAGUUAAAAGAGCUAAUGAGUGCCACGGAAAAGAUCCGCCGGGAGAAAUGGAUUGACGAGAAAACCAAGAAGAUCAAAGAGAUCACUGUCAAAGGUCUGGAGCCAGAGAUCCAGAAGCUGAUUUCCAAACACAAACAGGAGCUGAAGAAGCUGCGGACGCUCCACGAGGCGGAGCUGCUGCAGGCAGACGACCGGGCGGCCCAGCGCUACGUCCGCCAGUGUGAGGAGCUCCGCCAACAGCUGGAUAGGGAGAAGGACGAGCAGAGUCAGAGAGAGAGGGAACUAGCCAAACAGAGAUACGAGAAGCAGCUUCAGGAGGAGGAGCUGUCCCUGCAGCAGCAGAGGAGGCGGCUCUACAAGGAGGUGGCUGACGAGAAAGAGAGGCUGGCUCAGCUGGCUGCAAGGCAUCGCGCUGAGCUGGAGGAUCUGCGGAAACAGCUGGAGGAGAACAGUUCCCUGGCUGGACGAUCCCUCAGAGAAGAGCUGGACAAGACCAGAGAGGAACAGGAGAGGAGACACCAGGUGGAGAUGAGGGCAUUACACGAACGUUUGGACAUUGAAAAGCAGACCUGGGAAGAAAACUACAAGAAAAAAGAGGAAGCAUGGCUGCUGAGCCGCGAGCGCCAGCUCAAAGAAGAACUGCGACGAGGACGCGACAAAGAGAUCGAGCUCGCCAUCUGGACGCUCGAGGAGGAGACCAGCAAGGACAAAGAGGAGUGUGAGAGGGCGGCUGACAACAGGGUGAAGCGCGUGAGAGAAAAAUACGAAACUGAGCUGAGGGAGCUGGAGCGCUCUGAGAGGGCGGCUGUGGAGAAACAACAAGAGUUGAGGAAGCAGCAAAUGGAGACGGAGGGGGAGCUGAUCAGACUCCAGGCCGUGCUCAGACACAAAGAACAGGAGACCGACGAUGUCACACAGACCAGGGACAAGCUGGUGGAUGAGCGCCGCAGCCUGGCGGAGGUGAUAAGGCAGGAGUUUGCCGACCGGCUGGUGAUGACGGAGGAGGAGAACCGCAAGAUGAAGGUGGAGGUGUCAGAAGUUCGAGCGAGGCUACGGCUAGAGGUGGAAAGAGUCACUAGGGACAAGGAAGAGGAAUUGGCUGAAGUCCACCACCGAGUGAAGUCGGCCAUCUUGAAGAAGGAAGAAACUGUCAAUAAUCUCCGGAAGCAACAUGAGGCUGCCCUGAAGAGGGCAGAUCACCUGGAGGCCCUGUGGGAACAGCAGAGGAAGCAGCUGUUGGAGAAGUGACUGACAGGAGGGCUUUAUUUGUUUGGACCUCUCCUCCUGUACCUCCACCUCCCGUACCUGUACCUCCACCUCCUGUACCUCCACCUCCCGUACCUGUACCUCCACCUCCUGUACCUCCACCUCCCGUACCUGUACCUCCACCUCCCGUACCUCCACCUCCCUCCGCUCUGAGCUCUAUCCAUUUUUUUCUUUCUUUUUUGGAUGUGGUUCCUGCCAGCAAGACUGAACCUGUGGAACUUCAACAAGUUGAACAAGUGACUGAGCCUUGUCCUACCUCAUUUGAAAAAUACAAAAUGAGUAAAUGCACUGGGCCUGACUAUUGCCCCUCCCCCCCGGCAUGAAGGAGCGUGUUGUGUUGGAGCUUCCCUAAUUUGAUCGCAACAGACCAGGUGGCACUAGAUGAAAAGAUAAUGGUUAGACUUCCCAUUAUUCUUCUUCCCUUUCCAACGGAGGAUCGCUGCAGUUUUUUUUGAGACUGUAUUCCCCUCCUCCCUCCUCCCUCCUCCCUCCUCCCUCCUCCCUCACUGUGAAACAGGAAUGCUUCAAUGCUCCCCACAGAGCUGCCACAGAGAACAGUUCCAGAUGUUUCUGAAACCAGCCCAGGCCUGCAUUGGUCUAAAUUGGGAGAAGGACCCCUUCAACCAAUGAUCAGUCUGCAUCAGUCGUUUUAUCUGUUGUCAUGAGUUUUGUCCCAGUUCCCCCUCGAGGCAAGAGCUAAUUACAGGAUCUAUAACCUCUCCCUCGCUACAGCCCUGUGACUAGCUCUUAAACCAAAAUGUGGAUCUAACAAAGACGUUGGAAGUGAUUCACUAACACCGGUUACACACUAAAGUGCAUGUAGAAGGUUGCUAGGCGGAGCGAUAGGAUGAGUAGGUAACUUGAAGGAAAACGAGAAAUGGGAUGUCAUGUUUGAGGGGAAAUCCAGAUGAUUGUAGAGUGGCUUUGAAAGUUUCUGAAUGUGAGGUAGGAGGAAGAAGAGGAGAGAGGAACAGGGGGUGGAGGGAAGAAGGAAUGCGCAUAGAAAAUGUUUAUAGGAUUAGGAAAGCAGAGCGGGGUGGUAGCAGGGUUUGAGGGGGGACAGGGCAUGUGACCGGUGGUAUGUUAAAAGCCAUAUAGGUUUCGCCCGCUCUGAUUCAGAGGCUGCACUGGGACAAAACGCAUCAAACUCAACCAGCAAAGGAGGCCUGGACUCACACACACACGUGUAUCUGCGUUUGGAUACUCUGUAACUCUCUCAGGAGCCCCCACCUCUCAGCACUUGCAAAUCUGUAUUUCAUUGAUUUUGUUUUGCUUCUUUUCUAAUUUCAUAACUCUUACAACAAGUCUUUGUGGAUACGAUUUCAGUCAGAACGGUCCAUAGCAUGAGUUAGUGAGGGGGGGGAGUUAAGCCUGUUAUUAAGGUGAAACAUGAUGUGAAAAACACACUGAGGCCCCACAUUAGACCUCACAUCCGAACAUAUUUAUUCUGUUCCUCUUUUCUUUAUUUAUUUUCCAAUUUAGCACUCUUACAUGACCUCUUUGUAGUGCUAUUGGUCCACUGAAGGGGUCAAGGAUUUGAAGUAUUGUUUCUCAAAGCUUGAGACACAUGGAGUGUUUUUACAGUCACUGAGCAGAACUUUUAACUGCCAUGCUAAAACUUUAUAACUAUGCCAUUUGUAGAUGGUUUAAAUACAGUAUGUCAGGUUUUUCUGACAUGGAAGUCGUCCGAGCCACAAUGUAAAGGGUUCAUAUGAAGUGUAACGUAGUGCAGGCUUAUGGGUCACGCCUCACUUUUCCUGAGGUGUGGUUUGUCACAUGAGCCAAAUCACAUAAUGAAAUCAAUUCCAACCCUCCUAAAUAUAGGAGGAAAUAAAGUAAAUAAAUGUAUACUUUUUUAUGUAAGUAAAGCUUUAGGGAGACAGAAGUGGUUGAUAUGUGUCACACGUCACUGUGUGUUUCACGGUCAUUAACAGAUUCACUGUGAGUCACGAGGACUCUGGUGCGGAGGCCCGGAGGCCUGGACGCACCACAGUUAGCCUGCAGCCUCUCGCUGCUCUGCUCGUGUUGGCACAGCAGACGGGGCUGCUGGCCUCGAACCCGAGAGGGUGGCGAUGUGAGUUGGCAUUCCCCGCGCAUGCCCGUUCCACAAGUGCCAAUGAGCCUUGCCUUUGUGUGUCUGUCUGUGUGACACCAUUCCUCUCAUUUUGACCUGAGAGGACCCUGUCAGAUACACACUUACACAUGCACAAGGUACCCUGUUUGUUUUUUCCAUUUGUAACUUUGUAUACAAACCAUUCCAGCUGUCAUCGGUUAUCGUUUUAAUUUUGUUCCAUGUCUACAUGUAUGAUCCUCUGUGCCCGAACACGUAGCUCUUGAACUCGCUGUUUUCUUAUCUUGUUUCACUUUAGUUUUUAUUGUUUAUCAUGGUGAUGGUUUGAAAACUGUGAAGAAGACGGUGACUGAUCUAUCAGCAAAAAGAGAAUAAAAAGCAAAGACUGUUGAGAAGA